UCGGUUUGCCGUGAUGACGUCAUUGAGGGUGGUGCGUAAUGUGAGCGUAGGUGGGCGUAAGGUGAGCGAAAUGCGGACAGACGGAAGUUUGACUGAACACUAACCAGCGCGGCAGAUGAAAUAUACAUCGGUUUGUUUACGUCGUUGAUGUGGCGGCAACAUGGAGUCGAGUGCGGACCGCGGACUAGAUGUGGAGUGUGUUGUUAAUCGGUGGAUAGUGGAUUAUUAUAUAUCUGUGGCGUUUGAGGCGUUCAGGAAUGAACAGGACAGUGAUUUCUGUGAGAUCAGAGACAUCCUUCAAUGUCAUCUGGUUCGGCCGUUGGAAGCCAACGACGCCACACCCAAGAAGAUUCGAGCAAUACAGUUCCUCACCAGGAUAAAUGACGGUGACAAACUCGACUUCUCGUUUGAUCCUCAGGAGGACCUCACGCCACUGGAGUCGGCUCUGAGCGUAUUGGACAGCAUCCGCGACGAGUUGCCGGUUCCCCAGAAAGACUUGGAGAGAGUACAGAAGUCUGUCAGAGAGAUGUUGGUGGUUGUGUGCAUUAAGAACCAGGCCUUUGACAAAGCCAAGGAGGUUUUGAUGAAAUACUUCCCCAAAAGCAAGGUUGGAAAGAAAGCGAUCUUCCUGGGGCUGGUCAACAAGAGGAGCAGUGAUCAUUCAGUCCUGCAGCAGGUCACCUACCAGCAGUUUAAACAGGAGAUGCUGCAGUUCUGUCAGAGCCUGUUUCCCUUCUCUCAUCCUUUCCUGUCCAGGGCUGCCAGACAGCUGGUGGUGAAGAGACGGGAUGCAGGACAGGAUGCAGAGGAAGGAGACUGUCCCUCAGACCCUCAGCCAGAGGACCACCUUCUACCAGCAACAGAGGAGAAGACAUCCAGACACAAACCCAGUCCUCCCCCCGGUGGCGUCCUGCUGACCCGCAGCCAGCUGAUGGCCGUUUAUACAGCCCUGGCCGAGGAGCUGAGGGAGCCCAUGACCUUUGCCGAGCUGGAGGAGGAGGUGGAAAGGGAGGUGAUGGAGGAGAACGCAGGAAAAGGAGGUGCUGCUGUGGACCAAGAGGAACCUCUCCUGCACCUCUCUGAAAGCCCCAGGCAGGGCUCAGAUGCUGUGUUGGAGCAGGACGUCCCCAGGUCCCAGAGAGAGUCCGACAGUCCAAUGGAGGCUUCCCCUGCUGACCUGGUUCCCCCUGCUGACCUGGUUCCCCCUGCUGGCCUGGCACCAGGCCCCCAGUGGAAGAGCCGAGGCUGGCCUCAUACCAUAGCCAGGCUGGUUAUGGAGCCAGACAGCCAGGAUUCUACGGCCUCUCGAGAAUCAGUAUCCAACGGGGAGGAGUCAGUCAGCCGGGCGGACCCACUAAGCCCCGCCUCCACCUACAGCCCACCGACACGGAAGUAUCGAAAACGAGGAGCCGGCAAGAUAACCGAAGAGACCUCGUCUGACCCUGAGGAGGAUGUGUGUAUUCUAGAUGACACCCCUGAGCAGCGAGGCUCUGCCCCCACCCCCCAGAGAGGCUCUGCCCCCACCCCCCAGAGAGGCUCUGCCCCCACCCCCCAGAGAAGCUCCGCCCCCACCCCCCAGAGAAGCUCCGCCCCCACCCCCCAGAGAAGCUCCACCCCCACCCCCCAGAGAAGCCACACCCCCCAGAGAAGCCCCACCCCCCAGAGAGGCUCUUCACAUAAGAGAAUCCCCACCCCCCAGAGAGGCCCCACCCACCAGAGAAGCCCCACCCCUCAGACAAGCCACAUCCACCAGAGAAGCCCCACCCCUCAGAAGGCCUCCACCAGUAAAAAGGGACCUGAUCUGAAGUGGAAGCAGCUCUUCAGCGUUGCUAAGGAAUCCAAGGAUAGGUGGAGCGAUGAAGAGGAUUUAUUUGACUCCCCUCACAAAGACAGUUCUGAGGACAACGCCAGUACUACUGGAGGAGGCAGGAAGAGGGUGAGUUUAGGUUCUGGAGACAGAACUACCGGAGGAGGCAGGAAGAGGGUGAGUUUAGGUUCUGGAGACAGAACUACCGGAGGAGGCAGGAAGAGGGUGAGUUUAGGUUCUGGAUACAACAGAACUACCGGAGGGGGCAGGAAGAGGGUGAGUUUAGGUUCUGGAGACAGAACUACCGGAAAAGGCAGGAAGAGGGUGAGUUUAGGUUCUGGAUACAACAGAACUACCGGAGGAGGCAGGAAGAGGGUGAGUUUAGGUUCUGGAGACAGAACUACUGGAGGAGGCAGGAAGAGGGUGAGUUUAGGUUCUGGAUACAACAGAACUACCGGAGGAUGCAGGAAGAGGGUGAGUUUAGGUUCUGGAUACAACAGAAUUACCGGAGGAGGCAGGAAGAGGGUGAGUUUAGGUUCUGGAUACAACAGAACUACCGGAGGAGGCAGGAAGAGGGUGAGUUUAGGUUCUGGAGACAGAACUACCGGAGGAGGCAGGAAGAGGGUGAGUUUAGGUUCUGGAUACAACAGAACUACUGGAGGAGGCAGGAAGAGGGUGAGUUUAGGUUCUGGAUACAACAGAACUACCAGAGGAGGCAGGAAGAGGGUGAGUUUAGGUUCUGGAGACCGAACUACUGGAGGAGGCAGGAAGAGGGUGAGUUUAGGUUCUGGAUACAACAGAACUACCGGAGGAGGCAGGAAGAGGGUGAGUUUAGGUUCUGGAUACAACAGAACUACCGGAGGAGGCAGGAAGAGGGUGAGUUUAGGUUCUGGAUACAACAGAACUACCGGAGGAGGCAGGAAGAGGGUGAGUUUAGGUUCUGGAUACAACAGAACUACCGGAGGAGGCAGGAAGAGGGUGAGUUUAGGUUCUGGAUACAACAGAACUACCGGAGGAGGCAGGAAGAGGGUGAGUUUAGGUUCUGGAUACAACAGAACUACUGGAGGAGGCAGGAAGAGGGUGAGUUUAGGUUCUGGAUACAACAGAACUACCGGAGGAGGCAGGAAGAGGGUGAGUUUAGGUUCUGGAGACAGAACUACCGGAGGAGGCAGGAAGAGGGUGAGUUUAGGUUCUGGAGACAGAACUACCGGAGGAGGCAGGAAGAGGGUGAGUUUAGGUUCUGGAUACAACAGAACUACCGGAGGGGGCAGGAAGAGGGUGAGUUUAGGUUCUGGAGACAGAACUACCGGAAAAGGCAGGAAGAGGGUGAGUUUAGGUUCUGGAUACAACAGAACUACCGGAGGAGGCAGGAAGAGGGUGAGUUUAGGUUCUGGAGACAGAACUACUGGAGGAGGCAGGAAGAGGGUGAGUUUAGGUUCUGGAUACAACAGAACUACCGGAGGAUGCAGGAAGAGGGUGAGUUUAGGUUCUGGAUACAACAGAAUUACCGGAGGAGGCAGGAAGAGGGUGAGUUUAGGUUCUGGAUACAACAGAACUACCGGAGGAGGCAGGAAGAGGGUGAGUUUAGGUUCUGGAGACAGAACUACCGGAGGAGGCAGGAAGAGGGUGAGUUUAGGUUCUGGAUACAACAGAACUACUGGAGGAGGCAGGAAGAGGGUGAGUUUAGGUUCUGGAUACAACAGAACUACCAGAGGAGGCAGGAAGAGGGUGAGUUUAGGUUCUGGAGACCGAACUACUGGAGGAGGCAGGAAGAGGGUGAGUUUAGGUUCUGGAUACAACAGAACUACCGGAGGAGGCAGGAAGAGGGUGAGUUUAGGUUCUGGAUACAACAGAACUACCGGAGGAGGCAGGAGGAGGAUGUGGACAGCAGAGGAGACGGAGUGGGUGAAGGAGGGAGUGAGGCGCUACGGAGAGGGGAACUGGUCCAGAGUAAAGUCCUCUUUCCCCUUCCUGGGCCGAACCGCCGUGAACAUCAAGGAUCGGUGGAGAACCAUGAAGAAACUCCAGUUGGUCUGAGGGGACCAAAGCGUCUAACUUGUCCAAUAAGAAAUUAGAUUUUUCGUUUACAUUUGCUACGGGGUGCAGUAACGAAUUCGAACGCUGGAGGGCCUCGGAGCUACGCAAGACAAUGAUGACGUUAUCCAGUUGUGAGAAUGGAUGUUUCCUUUCCACAAAGGAUACAUGUUUGCCCAUCGCACAUCUGUCAACAGGAAGCUGAAGAUGGGCAGAGGGCCUUUGGACUAAGAUAAAUGUUGAUUCUGCCAUUUUGUUUUAGACAUGUUUAUAGAGGUAUUUUAUUUUAUCACUUGUCUUUCUUGGUAAAAUAAAGACUUCUCUUCUACUGA